CAGGAGGGAUUGGCUGAGAUGCUGGCAGGCGUGUGAGCCAAGCCUGCUCUCUUUCUCUCCCUUUCUCUUUCAGCAUCCUUCUGUGAUACUGUAGGUGAUAUGGAUACAGCAGCAUCCAUGGCCUGUUUUUUGCCUUAGCAUUCUUUUUCAUUUUGCUUUGGCUGAUGUACAAAUCAGGGAUUUAAAGCAUUUAUUUUAAGGACUUACAUUAAGCAUCUGGUAACUGGAAUAGAAUUUUCCUGUAUUUUUUCAGGCUCCUUGGAAAUUGAGGAAUGCAAUUCUGCCACCAUGAUGGAAGGAUUGAAAAAGCGUACAAGGAAGGCCUUUGGAAUACGGAAGAAGGAAAAGGACACUGAUUCCACAGGAUCACCAGACAGGGAUGGAAUUCUUCCCAGCCCUCAUCCUCAUGAGCCACCCUUCAAUAACAAACCAGAGUGUGCACGUGAAGGAGGAAAAAAAAUUUCGAAGAAAAGUAAUGGAGCUCCAAAUGGAUUUUAUGCAGAGAUUGACUGGGAAAGAUAUAAUUCACCUGAGCUUGAUGAAGAGGGAUACAGCAUCAGACCAGAAGAACCAGGCUCUACCAAAGGAAAGCACUUUUAUUCCUCAAGCGAAUCAGAAGAAGAAGAAGAGUCACACAAGAAAUUUAACAUUAAGAUUAAGCCUUUGCAGGCUAAAGACAUUCUUAAGAGUGCAGCAACUGUAGAUGAAUUGAAAGCAUCAAUAGGCAACAUUGCACUUUCUCCAUCUCCAGUGAGGAAAAGUCCGAGGCGCAGCCCGGGUGCAAUUAAAAGGAAUUUGUCCAGUGAAGAGAUAGCAAGACCUAGGCGUUCAACACCAACUCCAGAACUUGUAAGCAAAAAAGCCCCAGAUGAUCCUUCAGCCCUUGCCCCACUGUUUGGCCCACCACUGGAGUCAGCAUUUGAGGAACAAAAGUUGGAAGCUCCUUUAGAUCAGACAGAGAUAUGGGGUUCUGUCCAGCCAGUGAAUUCCAGUCUAGAUUCUCCAAAACUACCAAGACCUUUUCCAACUGGAACACCUCCACCACUUCCACCAAAAAAUAUUCCAGCUACACCACCUAGGACUGGUUCUCCCUUAACAGUAGGAAUAGGAAGUGACCAGACAGCAACAGAGGUCAAAAGUGACAAACUACCGUCAAUCAAUGAUUUGGACAGCAUUUUUGGCCCAGUAUUGUCCCCCAAGUCUAUUGCUGUUAACGCAGAAGAUAAGUGGGUCAAUUUUUCUGAUCAAUCCCCGGAAAACGUAACAGCAGAGUUGACUUCAAGGGAAAAAGUGGUGUCCCCACCUGUGGCAUCAGAAAUCCCAGCUGAAUCUCCAGCUGUUGAAACCUCCCGCAAUGUUCCAUCACCUCUCAAUUUAGAAGAGGUUCAGAAGAAAAUUUCUGAGCAAGGCCACCUUAAAGAUGAUAACUUAGAAACAACAGCAUCUCCUAAAGAUUUUGGGUUGGGACAGAGAGCUACACCACCUCCCCCUCCACCACCUACCUACAGAACAGUGGUGUCAUCACCUGGACCCAGCCCUAUCAGUGGCACAGGCAGCACCAGUGGUUCUUCAUCUCCGGCUCGCCCAGCGACUCCAUUGGCUGCCUGCAGCAGCCCCACGCCACCGCCGCCUCCACCUCGGCCCCCAUCUAGGCCAAAACUGCCUCCAGGGAAGCCUGGAGUUGGCGAUGUGUCCAGGCCUUUUAGCCCUCCUAUUCACUCAUCCAGUCCUCCUCCGGUAGCACCUUUAGCCCGUGCUGAAAGUACUUCUUCCAUAUCAUCCACCAAUUCCUUGAGUGCAGCCACUACUCCCACAGUUGAAGAUGAUGCUUUUAUUGACAAACUGCCCACGUUUGAAAGGCGCUGUGAAACGCCUGCAGAGAAUGAACAGCCUUCCCUCGUUUGGUUUGACAGAGGAAAGUUUUAUUUGACUUUUGAAGGCUCUUCUAGGGGACCCAGUCCAUUGACGAUGGGAGCACAGGAUACCCUCCCCGUAGCGGCAGCAUUCACAGAAACUGUUAAUGCAUACUUCAAAGGAGCGGAUCCUAACAAAUGUAUAGUGAAGAUAACUGGAGAAAUGGUGCUGUCGUUUCCUGCAGGAAUUACCAGACAUUUCGCCAAUAAUCCAGCCCCGUCUGUUCUAACCUUCCGUGUGAUAAAUUACAACAGGUUAGAACACGUCCUGCCAAAUCCCCAACUUCUCUGCUGUGACAGUACACAAACUGAUACCAACACAAAGGAAUUCUGGGUAAACAUGCCAAAUCUGAUGACUCAUCUAAAAAAAGUGUCUGAACAGAAACCACAAGCAACAUAUUACAAUGUGGAUAUGCUCAAAUACCAGGUAUCUGCCCAGGGUAUACAGUCUACUCCAUUAAACCUUGCAGUGAGCUGGCGGUGUGAAUCUACAAGCACUGACCUUCGCAUUGACUACAAAUAUAAUACAGAAGCAAUGACUACACCAGUAGCUCUAAACAAUGUCCAGUUCCUAGUUCCCAUAGAUGGAGGAGUAAUGAAAGUUCAAGCUGUGCUUCCACCUGCUGUUUGGAAUGCUGAACAGCAAAGAAUAUUGUGGAAGAUUCCUGAUAUCUCUCAAAAAUCAGAAAAUGGAGGUGUGGGUUCUUUGCUGGCAAGAUUCCAGCUAUCUGAAGGACCAAGCAAACCUUCGCCAUUGGUAGUGCAGUUUACGAGUGAAGGGAGCACUCUCUCCAGCUGUGAUAUCGAACUUGUUGGAGCAGGAUACCGGUUUUCACUCAUUAAAAAGAGAUUUGCAGCAGGAAAAUACUUGGCUGAUAACUAGUGGAAGCUUAUGCAAGUAUAUGGAAAAUCCAUAUAACCAAGGACUUCUGUGUGGAAUGGGCUUGAAUUACGGUUUAAGGGAAUGAACUAAAUCCUGCACUUGGGGCACUUCUGUUGGAAGUGUCAGCGACUUUCAGCAUUUUUUCCUGAGAAGACACCGUCUUGACCAGUCCUACAGUAUUUACUUCUAGAUGUAACAUUGUUAAUGGUUUUAAAAUGUAAUUAUUGUAUUUGUAAAUUGUACUCAUUCCAGUAAGGCUGUAUUUUGGCAGUUAGACACUUGAGUUUUAGAAUUUUACCAUUCAUGAAAUGGAUGUAAUUUAAACUGUGGUAUACAAAUUUAAUAGUAGUACUGUUGAAUGGCACAAUGCUUACAGAGGUAGAUUACAUUUUGUCAAUAUAUAUACGAUUUAAAUACAAUACUGGUAGCUGUUAAAAAGGGGGUGCCUCAUGAAAAAAAGAGAGUUAAAGAGAACCUUCAAACUGAUUUACUUUUUCUUCAGUCCUUAGUAUGUCUUAUAAUAGUGCUAAAUAAAAGCACUAUCUUCAUUUGUUUAGCUGGUUUAACUCCAAAAGAAUAUUUUAAUAAAUGCUGAGAUUCUAACAUAUUUUCCCCCAAAAAAACCCCAUCAACCCAAAUACUAAAACCCAAUGUCCAUACUUCUUAAAAUACUUAUUUCAAACUUCAUAACAAAUAAUGCAACUUUUCCAAAUGCUAUCUUCUACUUUUAUGGACUCUUGUUUCUUCUCAAUAUUCUAACACUUCACAAAUGUAUAGAUUCUUAAAGGAGCAGGCCGUUUAAGACUCCGAGCCUACAAGAGUCUGUAUGUCCACAGACAGUAAUUGUAUUAAAGGGCACAUUUUCAGCAACCACCUCCACUUUUGCAAUGCUGUUUGUUAGGGAAUUUUGGAGCACCCUAUGCAAGAUGCUUCACUGACAUGUAAGAAAAGUUCCUUGUCUCAAUAAUCAAGAGCCUGAGCAAGCAAGCAACCCCCCCACAAAGAUAACGAGAGAGAGAAUGUAAUAUAACCCUACUAUGUAGCCCUGAUACUGAACUUUUUAUCCAUAGAUCAUAAAGUGCUUUAUAUAAGUGAAGAAGGAUUUAGCUCUAUUUUACACAUGGAGAAACUGAGGCACUGAAAAUUUAAGUCCUGCCCAAGGUGACAGAGUUGAGUCAAUGGCAGAGUCAGAAAGAGAAUACAGGUCUCCUAACUCACUGUCUUUUAUCUUGUCAACUGGAUGAUUUUGUGUUGUGCAAAGACUGAGUAGUUACAAUGGUUAUAUUUCAAAUAUUUUGAACUGAGAGAGCUAACUCCUGUGUCUGUAGUAGACCAGACGAGUAGAACCAGUAAAAACUUUUAAAGUGCUCCCACUGCAUAUUUGUCACACAGCUUGUCAGGUCUGUGGUUUUAUUUAUUUUAUAUAUUUAUUUAUUUUGGUAAUCAGUGUUAAAAAAUGCUAGAACUGUAAUGUGAGCUAAAUUACAAUAUCAUAAAGGGAAACACAAAAAUGGGGUUAACAGUUAGUUUGGCAGCUAACUGUGCCCAUUGUCUAUUUUGUGUGCACAAUGUACACAUUUAUACAUGCAGAUCUUAUACCCAGUUUUCUCAUUUGCAUAAGAAAAUAGCUGUACUUGGGGGAAAUAGUUGCACGCGUAACAGUAGGUGUUUAAAAUUGGAGUCUGUGGCUGAAAAUUUGGCCCUAUAUGUUUCUUCUGAGAUUGGCAUAGUCAAUUUCAAUUCCACUAUACUACUUUGUGCUUGUGGAACUGACUUUCAUGCAUGUAAGGAGAGCAGAAUGUCAAUCAAGAUUUUCUCUGGGGUUCUAAGAUGAGAAAUUUUUCUUUUGGAUAGCAAACUAUUUUAAAGAAAACUUCAUGAAAUGCAGAUUUAACAAUGUGCAGUCUUAAUAAGUGAGCCAGUCUUCAGCAGAAAAAGGUGGUUAUGUUUGUCUUCACAAUUCUCUUCAGUUCUGUCAUACUAGAGUGUGAUAGAAUAUUAAUUUCACAAAUCUUCAUCUGCUGUGAUAAACCAGGUGUCUACAUCUUGCUUUUAUACUUUGAAAAAUCACUGAGUGAGGAACAUGUCUCAUCUUGGAUGAACUGCAAAAUUAAAGAUGGGCCUGAAUCAAGACCUUGAUCCAAACACCCCCAGCUCUAGACAAAGUUGGGAUCCAAAUGCAACUUACAUUUUGUGACACAGACCCACUACUGUGUGAAAUGCAAUUGGAAAUUUAUUUUUGAGGUAAAAUUGGCCUGUCUUAGCCUACUGCUGGCAAACAUAGUGAUGUCAUUUGUGACAUUAAUGGCUUGUCAGCUGAAAUGGUAGAAAGGUAGCUUCUGUCCAGUUUUAAUGUAAGAAUUGUGCUGUGUGAAAAUGAAAUGUCUGUUCAGAAUUAAACAUUCAAGUUGUUCUAAUGUUGAGGUACACAGAGAACAACAGGAAUAUCCAUUAAUAAUGAUGUAUUAUAGAAAUAUGUGUAAUACCGAAUAAUGCUAAUUUUCAGCCUCUGAAUUCAUUCCCCAUAUCAUUAGGGUCCCAAAAGUUGCCAACAACAGGCUCAAAAAUGUCAAUCAAAAAUAAAAACAUUAUUUUCAUGUUCCUGUCCCAGAUCACACAUAUUGAUAAGUGCUUAUUAGCAGUUGAAAUUUUAGUGUUUUUUUUUUAAAGUGCACCUUUAUUUUAAAAUUACUGAGAGCAAAUAAAGAAACCUGGAAAUAUUGACACUCUGAGCAGAGUCCUAGAUUAAUAACUCAAGAUGUAUGUUAAAGAUAAUCAACUUUUGUUGGUUUGUGCAUGUUCACAAAAAAUAAAAUGUAACAGAGUAGAGAUUAAAAUACAAUUAAGUUAUCAACAUUCAUACACACUCCAAAGAUUUAAAAAUGAACAUGAUAGUAUUCCUAAAUAGGAUAUUUGCCAGUCUGGUUUGAUUUUUUUCCCUGAUUGGAAAUAUGACUGUAUUGACUAUACAACCAACAUCUGUUUGAAAUAGGAAUUGAAUAUAGGGCUGGUAAUUUAAAAAUAAAAACCUACAAGAAAAGAGAAGUUAUUCAAAUCAGUUUAUGAAAUAUACAAUACAUAAUUUGCAAACCAAGCUUCAAAAAUUGUAAUCCAUACAAAAAUGUUUUUUUUUAAAUGUAAAUAUUACUGGUACCCAUGUAACUCAUUUUAUAUUUUAUGUUAAGGAGAUUUAGAACUUGAUAAUGAUGAACACAAACGGCAGCUUUUUAAAAUGUUGCAAAAAAGAACUUGCUCUAUUUAUACUAUAAAAUGUCCACUAAAACUAAUGUAACUUUUGACAGGAGUACAGUGUGUGUAUUGUAGUAUGACACACACAUCUUCAGUAACUGUACUUAAACUGCAUAGCCUCCCUGAUAUGAACUGAAUACGAAUAGACCAGAUUCUAGGUACCUGCACACAUAUACACCUCUACUACAUCAAAAGUAUAAAAAAAAGUAGUAAAUGCUAGCUCUUUGUGGACAGAGGUUAUCCAUAUAUUGCAAACUCAGUUCAGUUCAGGAAAACUCUCAUAGCGAGUAGCAGAAGAAUAUCCUACACUGACUAAACUGUGGUGAGGCUAACAGGACAUUUUCACAAAGAAAAACAAGUAUGUGCAGUAACCAGAACUUUGUUUCAAGAACUGAAAGACUGAUUUAACCAAAUCUAUAGUUACAUCCAUCACUACAAUUUUCAUUAUUAAAAAAGAUCAUAUAACUAGGGAAGUUCUGUUGAAAAGACCAGUCUUAUACGCUGUUCUGCCCAAGCUUAUGUUCAGCAUUUUCUGCUCUUUGAAUGAGUGUCUUUAGCACUGUGCCAGGCUGUCCAAAAUUAUAUUAUUUAGCACUUAUAUAGUCCUGUCCUUCAAAACCCUUUACCAGCAUCAUGUAUCUGAUUUCCAGCCUUUGAGUAAGUGUGCAUUUGCACCCUUGUUCGUACAUGGCUAGAUACUGGCUAGAUACUGGUGAGAUGAGCUUUUGACCAAGUGUGUAUGCAUGCAAAUUGCAUUCAUAUGUUCAGAUGUGAGCAAGCAAAGUAUGUAGACCGCAAACUGAGCCCUUAAUCACAAUUCUCAUAAUGUGCGGUAGGUAGAAAUGUAUAGAAAUUCUGGGCUAGAUGGAUACGUUUCAAGUCUACUUUCCUUCCUUCCUUCUGUCUCUCAAGAAAACAAAGGCUCCAGAGUUUUAUACAUUAGGUCUGUGUUCUGCAUCUCGAGUUUAUAGCAUCAGACUCUCCAGCCUGUUACUCUGCUUUGAGGUGCUCCAGUGGAACAAAGCAGAUUUAAACCUGGCUUGACUGUAUACUUGAAUUCUCCAAUGCUCCAAGGCUGCCAUAGUGGUACCUAAAUCACUCACCUACCCCACAGUGAAGGAGGCACAUAGGCUCAGGAUCAUCUUGGCUGAUCACUAGUUGCUAGUACAGAGCCUGUGGGCUGUUGGCAACUGAUGUAAAAGAGAGCAGCCUAAAGUCUGGGGACUGGGGCAAAGUUCCAGGAUCAGAGACCCACAGAGAUGGCUUAACAUCAUAUUUGGCUACCCAUCCCAACCCCUGACUUGCAUCAAGCACAGCAUGACAGGUUGGAAGGAUUUGGGCCAGAGUGUCCGAGAUCACCAGGUUCUCCCCUCUACUGGCAGUGUAAUUGCCAAAUGGAGAAAUUGUUCAAGAACUGUUUGUCAAAUAUGUUAAGGACAAACAGGCUUUUCUUCAGUAUCACUUACUUGUGUCAUCUUUUUCCAUCCAAACAAAUCAAACCCUUUAGUUUCUUUUGUGAGAAAACUCCACCAAUAUAUGCCUUCUUACAUCCCUGUUAACGCCUCCUCAUCAGGGCCGCCCAGAAGAUUUAGGGGGGCUGGGGUCUUCAGCGGCAGGGGGCCCCCACUUCAGCAGUA